AUGAUAUCGACGAGCAGAAGUAACAGCAAGUUCACCUCCUCUGAGAGGCUGGCGGUAAUAUGCUUCAGCUUUUUGGCAGUGAUUUCGCCUCUGUAUAUCGGCGGGAGGGAAGAUCCAGAAGUUGAAGAGGAGACAGAGCCCUUUAACCUUGCCACUUGGCUGCCUCUGCUGCUCAUCUUGGCAAUCGCCUUUUCCCUGUACCUGGACCGCAGCUUUACCAAGUUCGAUCCCAACUGGAUUCACAGAGUCGGUGGCUCUUCUGGUGGUAUUCUAGCAAUCCUUCUUCUUCUUGGAUUGGUCUUGAAGUGCAAGGAAUCCAUACUCAGUUGA